ACCCAUUCUCUUCCCUUGUGUCCGUGGCAGGCUCGCGCAGCUGGUUAAGAAUGUCAAGAAGCACACGUUCAGGGAUCCACUCUCAGGAGACCCUGCGGAGCUCUCGUUGGACCAGGCGGCCGCGUUCGAAACGGACGUGCAGACGUUCUUGGCAGAGCUCCCGCCCGCGUUCCGAUUGGAGCUCGGCCACGAUUGGUCGCAACCAUGGACGCCGUCGCCGGGCGUGCCGCCGUUCUUGCAAGCGCAGAAGUGCGAGCUCGCGAUUCUGGCGAACCGCCUGAUCCUCAAGCUCUACCUGCCGUUUCUCAAGGAGGGCACGAGUGCGGGCAAGUCGUGUUCCCAGGCUGUGCUUGGCACGAUCAAUGCUGCGCAUCUGAUCAUAUAUGCGUCCCGUAUGCUGCAUGUUGUGUGGCGGAAUACGCGGCCUGCGGCGUUCGAUUUUUAUGACUUUGGGAGAACGCUGUUCGAUGCGGCUGUUGUGUGUGCGCAUGCGGUCAUCCAGCAACCGACUACGCUCCUCGCUAUGGAGGCUAUGAAGAGCGUGUCGUCUUCGCUGGAGGUGAUGAAGGAGCUUGGGGCGUCGAGAGUGGGCGUUGAGGGCGUUCGUGGGGAGGGCAACAGGAGCGACGCGAUCAAGAUCGUCGAGAUGAUGAAGCGGAAGGCAGAAGCUGCUCGAGGCUACCGUGUUGGAAGCACGCUCGCUGGGACGAAGCGCAAGCGCGAGCCUCUCGAUGACGAUAGGAUGCAGAGCGGAUUCCACCUACCGUUCGUGGGCGCCUCGGUAUCAUCUGUCAAGGCUGAUCCGCCGAGGUCUUCGCCUUCAAAAUCACUUGGUGGAUUUGCUAAGGAUAUGUUUACCGUGGACGGUAGACCAAAGGGUGAUAUUAAGAAGUUGGCGAGGGACAAGGAGAAGGAUAAAGACAAGGCUGCGAAACCGGCGCCGAUCCGUGCUCGGCCGUCAGGGACGCCAUCGACAUCUCGGCCACGUACGGCGUCUGUGUCCAGCAAUGCGCCGUCCAUUGCGGCUAGCAUCAGGCGGAUGGAGAGUGCGACGCCUGGAGUGGUGCCCGCACCGCCUGCAGCUCACUCACAGCCUCUGCCUCCGCCGCCUCCUCUUCCGUCAGCAUCGCCUCGGAUUGCCGCUUAUGAUGCAUACUCGUCCCUCCCGCCUCAGACUCCUGUCCAUGAGCAUAUGCAGCAGGAGGAAUAUCCUAUGCAGUAUAACUCUGGUGACGACUCGAGCAUGGACCGGAGGAGAUUCAGCUCUCAAUCGUUCGGUGAUUCGCCCCAGGGAGCACCGAUGUAUGAUCAAACGAUGCGAGAAGCGUCGCUCUCGCAUCCCAGUCCUGCGUCUGCAUCGUAUAGCACGGGACCGGCCACUCCUCAUUAUUACCAGUAUGCUCCGCCGCCUGGCCCGCCUCCUGCCGGACCUCAGCCUGGGUACGAUAGCACGACAGUAGGCCAUCACAACGUACCGCCGAUGGCUGCCCUCACUCAUCCGGCACAUGUCGAGCAGCAGCAGCAGGGAGGAGCUCCUGUGCCCAUGACUUCCAUGACGGAUUCUCAGUACAUGUCUUACGAGAAAACACAUCCCGCGCCGCCAUAUGGCCCGCAUGUUAGAGCGACCGAUCAAACGAGACCGCUAGCCCAAGCGCACGACUAUCAGCCUCAAGCUCACCCUCGCCCUCACCAACUGCACAUCCCCGGCUCGCAGACAUGGCUGCAACCCGAUCCGAACGCUCACGCAGAUUUGUGGGGCGAUUAUAAGUAUAUGUCUUAGACGUAACGUCGCUGGUUAUGACCUUAUCCUUAUUCGUCUGUCCAUACAUU